AUGGAAUUCUUUGGAAUGCUUUCGGCCGUUGUCAAGCAAUGGGAGAUUUCUUCUCUAUCUGUGUAUUUCAAAUUUGUUCAAAUCUACCUUGCGAUCAGUAAGAUGAGUAGUAGUACCUUCUCUGCUUUUAUAGAUGAAACGAAUCAAGCGGCGAGGGUAUUAAUGGCUCACUUUCUAGCAGUGCAGAAGACUAUGGGACCUAUUCUUUGUCGUGAAGCUGCAAUCAGCAAUCCUAGUGGUUUAAACGGUGGCCUUGGAGUCGGGGGUGAGAUCAGAGGUCAUGAGAAAUGUGUGGAGGGAAUUUGGAGUCAGUUGACCCGGGACAGUGAAGUGAAAUGGAGGGAGUCAAUGGAAUGGCCAAGGAAAGUUUUCAUCAUUGAAAAUUCGGAUAACCUUGAAUAUUCAAAAGGUUUGUGAUGUGUAACUCACAUAAAUUUCUAACUGUACUGUAUCUGUGCAUAGGCAUACCUCGAUAGAUUAUAACUCUCAGGGUUAGCAGGCGAACUAUUCUAAUACCGCUACUACGGAACUAGUAGAACAUG